AAAUUAAUAUACUAAUGAUAUAUCAACAGCUAAAUCCCGAUUAGAGAAUGGACGACAAGGUAGAAAAUAUCUCGUUAGAGGAUGAGAUUCCGGAAGCGCUGGUCAACUACGACAGCGAUAGCAGCAUGACUACCGUGAUCGAGAGCGACAGCGCAGACGGCGAGAAGAGGGAGAAAGAGAAAAAGACGGAAAGUACAGGAGCGAUUCCGAAAAAGAAGCUGCCUGUCGUCACCGAGAACAUCGAGGUGACUAAAGUGGGUGGAAAACCUUCCGAUGCUGCCGAUCGGAAGUAGAAUGAUAUACGAGAAGCAGGAGAAAUUAGUCACCAAAAUGGAAAAUUCCAUGAAGCUGAUGGACAAAAUCAUGUCGAAAGCCACCGAUAUGAUGGAAAACAUGGUGGAAGUUACCCGACUCAAUCUAGAGAGAGAAAGGGUAAAACUUAGAAGCUUAGAGUUAGAGGCAGAAAAGAAAAACGAGAAAGUAGAGAAGAUAGACAAACCAGAGAUCAGAGCACAGAGAGCAACCAUAGAGGAAACAAAAUGCUUCAGAUGCAACAAGCUGGGCCACAUGGCAAAGGAUUGCCCGCUAGCAGAACAUGGGGCAUGGUUCUGUUAUUAUUGCCAGGAAGUACGAGGUCAUAAAGGGGAUAGCUGCCCCAAUUCCGGAAAAGAGGCGAACAGAUUUAGAGGAAAAAGGUAUGCAGAUAAAGUUGUUAAUAAAAAUAUAAAGAAAAAGGGUAAAUUUGAACCUAGAGGCACUAAAAGAGUUAACGACAAAGGGAAGAUAACUAAGCUGCAAAACUUCAAGAAAACUUCAACGAAGACAGCAACAGAAGAUAAAUCAAAAGAAGGUAAAAUAGGUGUGGUUAGAUUAAUAAAAGAUAGAAAUAGUGCAAAAGAGUUGGUUAAUUUUAUUGCAGACUCGGGCGCAACAGAUCAUAUUGUGAAUAAAAGUAUGAUUUUGUCAAAUUUUGAAAAAUGUAAUGAUAGAGUUAUUAAAUGCGUGAAUAAAAAUGAGCUUGCAGACAUUUCAAUAGAUGGUAAAGGAGAUCUUCUAUUAAUAUCAAAUACCAAAGAAAAUAAAGUCAUUAAAUUAACAAAUGUUAUGGCAACGAAAGAAGUAUCUGAAAAUCUAUUGUCUUUAAGAAAACUGGCUGAUGCAGGGUUCAGUAUUUAUUUAGAUGAUAAAUUGCUUAAAGUUUACAAUAAAUUAACAAAUAAAACAGUUUUCGAAGGAAAAUAUGAGAAGCCAAAUUGGAUUAUUCAAUUCGAAGUCAAAAACAAAUAUAUAGAGGACAAAGAUAAUGUUGAGUGUGCUGUGUAUAAAUGUAGAGCAGCAAUUGUUCCACAUUGUGAGUUUCCUGAACAAUCGCGAGCAAACAUUCGAAAUAAUGAGAUAUCAAUUUCGGAGGGAGAAUUAAAUGAGAGAAAUAAUGUUGACUCUGCGAUUGGGAGGGAGAAUGAAGGAGAGCUCACAAAUGUGAACAACAGCAAUACUGAAUCUGAGCAAGCCAUUAAGUUAGAGGACAUACAAACAAUAGAAAAUAUAGAAGAAAUGUUUGAAAGCUUAGUAACCGAAAAAGUAAAGAAAUUAGAGAAAAUAAAUGAGGCAAUGUUAUGGCAUGUUAGACUAGGUCACGCAUCGCUAAACUAUUUAAAACAAUUACAAAAGGUAGAAAAGAGAUUAGAGAAUGUCAAGUUUGAUAAUUCCAUAUUAGAGUGUGAAGUCUGUAUAAUGGCAAAGAUGACAAAACUGCCGUUGAAAGAGAAUAGAAGUAGAGCUCAGAGACCAUUACAGGUAAUACAUACGGACAUCAUGGGACCAAACAAACCUACAUCCUAUCCAGGACAAAAGAGAUUUAUAAUAACUUUUAUAGACGACUAUUCCAGAUUGGCGAAAGCUUACUCUUUGAAGACGAAAGAUGAAUCAGGAGAAGCUCUAGAGAAAUAUCUAAUAUCCGCCAGAAAUCUAUUAGGAAAAGAAGAAAAACUGUGUUACGUGAAGUCAGAUCAAGGAAUUCACGGGAGGUACAUUUAGAGAAGUGCUGAAAAGAGAAAAGAUAGAAGCUA